AUGUUUUUUAAAGAGCGUAAAAAAGAUAAAUCAUCCCAGGAAUACCAGAACGACAUUAAUUUGGCAAAAACCGUGUCUGUAGCGACAGGGCUCCCGGAAAGAACAAUAAGAAGAAUUGUCAGUGAAAGAAAUACAAUGGAUGACACUGCAGGUCCUUCCAAGUUCAAAUCUCCCAGAAAAAUAUUGUUUCCCGAAAAGCGAAUUGAAGUAGAUAGUUUCACUUUAGGAGUGAUACGACGUAAAGUGUCCCAGUUCUAA